AUGCUCACUGCCUAUGCAGAAAACAAUGUAAUUACAAAAGCACGGAGAUUGUUUGAUGAAAUGACUCAACUAAAUACUGCAACUUGGAAUGCUAUGAUUACAGCUUAUACUCGCAGUACUUGUCACAUUAAUGAAGUUUAUGAAUUGUUUUGUAAAGUUCCUGAAAGAAAUGUGGUUACAUAUGCUGUUACGAUAACGCGUUUUUUUCGUGUUAGAAUGUUAAAUGAAGUUGAGAAGAUUUACUAUGAAAUGCCUGAAAUUGGUAGAGACCUGGUUGUUUCAAAUGCAAUGAUUAAGGGGUAUUUGAAGCUUGGUGAAUUGGAUAGAGCGGUUUUUGUGUUCGAUUCUAUGGUCGAGAGAAAUGUCAUUUCAUGGAGUUCGAUUUUACAUGGGUAUUGUAGGAAUGGUAAGGUUAGUGAUGCGGAAGUAUUGUUUCAGAAGAUGCCUGAGAACAAUGUUGUUUCGUGGACUACAAUGAUCAGUGGGUAUAUGAAGAGUGGGCAAUGGGUAAAAGGUCUUGAGUGUUUUUCAAAGAUGAGAAGAGAAGAGCACGUUGAAGUAAAUCCUACUACCAUAAUGGUAAUUUUGAAUACUUGUACAAGUUUGGGUAAUUUAAAGAAGGUAUUCAGAUACAUGGAUUGGUUAUUUCAAAUGCAAUGA